GUGCCUGAACGCAGCACGGUCCUCUUGCACUUUACCUUUAAGUGCAGAUGAAAGGCUGUUGUGUAAUAUGGGUAAAAGAGGAGGGGGCGGUUGAAUGGGGGACGGCUCGCAGUGACAGUUUGGAGAGGACUCGAACAGGCGUGUGCAGCGAUGGAGCUGAUAAUGCUGUCAGGAGGUGUUCUGGCUCUCCCUGUCCUCGCUUUCAUCACCUCCUUCCUGUUCUGGCCUGGAGUCCUCCUCAAGGCCUACAACUGGUACUGGCGCCGCAGGCUGGGGCUGGUGGUCCACUACUCCCACACUGCAAGCUACCGCUUCUGUUACAGCAGCCGCGGGACGCCAGGGGGCGCCACGCCAUCAGUGCUGCUGCUGCAUGGCUUCUCCGCCACCAAGGACAUGUGGCUACCAGUUGUCAAGCACCUCCCCAGAGACCAGCAUGUAGUGUGUGUGGACAUGCCAGGACACGAGGGGACAAGUCGCACUGGCGCAGACGACUACAACAUUCAGGGCCAGGUCCGCCGAAUCCACCAGUUUGUGCAGAGUAUCGGUCUGGACAAAAGACCCUUUCACCUGGUCGGGACAUCGAUGGGGGGGAACGUGGCCGGAGUGUACGCUGCCACUUACCCUGCUUACCUGUCCAGUGUCACCUUGGUGUGUCCGGCAGGUCUGGUUUAUCCCACAGAAUCCGAGUUCAUCACUCGUCUGAGGAAGAUGGAGAACUCUGAGCAGGAGGUGUCGAUCCCUCUGAUCCCAUCCACUAUUCAGGAGCUGGAGGACAUGUUAAAACUCUGUUGCCACACCCCCCCCAACCUCCCCCGACAGGCCCUGAAGGGUCUCCUUGCCAACCGGACCCCCAACAAUGGUUUCUACAAAGAAGUGUUCAUGGAGAUUAUCGGGGAGAAGUCUCGUCACUCACUGCAGGACAACUUGCAUCUGAUCACAUCACCAGUGCAGGUCAUCUGGGGGACGGAGGACCAGGUGGUGGACGUGUCGGGGGCGGCGGUGCUGCAGGCAGCGCUGCCAAACUGCCAGGUGGAGCUGUUGGACAACUGUGGUCACUCGGUGGCUUUGGAGAGGCCCAGGAAAGCCGCCAAGCUCAUUGUUGACUUCCUGUCUGCACAGGAAGUCAGUGACAAGAGCACUAAGAAACUCUCCUGAAGAAAAAUGACCUGGUUUGUAAACGAUGAGGGACCUGAAGUUGAUUGUGGUGAUGAUUGAAGAAAUAUUCAAUCACAAAAAAAGUGGCACAGUCAAAUAUUCCUGAAGUCUUUGUUUUAGAUGUUAAUAUUGAAAGAAAACAUUCCACUUUGGGAUUUUGCACAUUUCUCUUUGAGAAAAACUGUAUUUUAGUCUCUUGUUUCAUGUGAGUGGCGGGUGUUUGAGUCCUCUGCUGUGAACUGACUGCAUAUGUACCCUCAUAAAAACACACUCAGAAUAGAAAAUGCACUGUACGUGAAUAAAGUUUGAUAAAUGAGGUGAGGUUUAAUAAUGUCAGUACAUGUACAAAGAGUAUUUCACAACUAAAGAAAUAAAUCUGAAGAUGAAAAUAGUUGUAUUGAUU